CAUUGCAUUGCAGACCUCAGAACAUCACAGUUGAAAGUGGGCACACGUUUUGGCUUUUUCAGCUUUACAUCAUCAGCAAAACAGCCUUUGGCAAGUUUAAGGUCCAUGGAUAGCUGGAAGCUAUAAUGUGCAAAAUGUAUUCCCUGUUCCUCACUUACUUUCUUCUGAACGCCUUGCCAGUCCUCGCAGACAGAAGUCAGUUUAUGGUGGGCAGCAUCUUCACAUCAGACAAAGAUGAGUCGGAAAUCGCAUUCCGGACAGCGGUGGACCGUGCAAACAUACUGGAGCGGAACGUAGAGCUGGUUCCCAUUGUGGUGUAUGCUAACACCGAUGACAGUUUCAUCAUGGAAAAAAUGGUGUGCAACUUGAUUUCCCAAGGAGUAAUCGCCAUUUUUGGACCCAGCACAGGCAGCAGUUCAGACAUUAUUGCCUCAAUAUGCGACACACUCGAUAUACCGCACAUAGUAUAUGACUGGAUACCCAAUGAAUCCAUACCAGAUCGAGAACACUCUACAAUGACCCUCAACGUGCAUCCUGACAACCUCUUGUUGUCCCAGGGACUUGCGGAGAUUGUGCAGAGCUUUUCCUGGCGUAGCUUUACAGUUGUCUAUGAGACUGACAAGGAGCUUCAACAACUUCAGGAUAUCUUGCAAGUCGGUGAGCCCAGCAGCAAUCCAACCACAUUGAAGCAACUGGGCCCGGACGACGACCACAGGCCUUUUUUAAAGGAAAUUAAGCUCUCCACCGAUAACUGCCUCAUCUUACAUUGUGCCCCCGACAAGCUAUUGAAAAUAUUGCAGCAAGCAAGUGAGCUAAAAAUGUUGGGCGAAUAUCAGAGCAUUUUUAUACCCCUUCUGGACACCCAUUCCAUGGAUUUUGGUGAACUUUCCGGUGUCGAUGCCAACAUAACUACGGUUCGACUAAUGGAUCCAACCGACUUCCAUGUGAAAAACGUAGUGCACGACUGGGAGGAACGCGAAAAACGGGAGGGACGCUACUUCAAAGUCGACCCAAAUAAGGUGAAAUCCCAAAUGAUUCUGCUCAAUGAUGCCGUGUGGCUCUUUGCUAAAGGACUCACAGAACUCGGAAUUUUCGAGGAGCUUACCGCUCCCGAUCUAGAAUGCCGGCGAAAGAAACCAUGGCCAUUUGGUAAACGCAUUAUUGAGUUCAUAAAAGCGCGUUCCGAGGAGACUUCGACUGGACGAAUUGACUUUAAUGAGAAUGGACAAAGAAGCUUUUUCACCCUGCGUUUUAUGGAAUUAAAUUCCGAUGGCUUUCUGGACCUAGCCACUUGGGAUCCAGUGAACGGAUUGGAUGUACUCAAUGACGACGAAGAGAGCGAGAAGAGAGUUGGCCAAAAGCUGUCCAACAAAACAUUUAUUGUGUCCUCACGCCUGGGAGCCCCAUUCCUUACGCUCCGAGAGCCGGAGGAAGGUCAGAUCCUGACGGGGAAUUCCCGUUACGAGGGAUACUCUAUAGACUUGAUCGACGAAAUUGCCAAAAUGCUGAACUUUAAGUUCGAAUUCCGAAUGUCCCCCGACGGCAAGUACGGCGCUCUCAAUAAGGUGACCCAGACCUGGGAUGGCAUCGUGAGGCAACUGAUUGAUGGGAAUGCUGACCUUGGAAUCUGCGAUUUAACAAUGACGUCAUCCCGACGCCAGGCAGUUGACUUUACACCCCCGUUCAUGACGCUAGGAAUCAGCAUACUGUUCUCGAAGCCUCCGACUCCACCCACAGACUUGUUCUCGUUUCUAUCUCCAUUCUCCUUGGAUGUGUGGAUCUACAUGGGCUCGGCAUACCUCUUCAUUUCCCUUCUUUUGUUCGCACUGGCUCGCAUGGCACCCGACGACUGGGAAAACCCUCAUCCGUGCAAGGAACCCGAAGAAGUGGAGAACAUAUGGUCGAUCAUGAACACUACAUGGCUCUCGAUCGGCUCAUUGAUGGGACAAGGCUGUGACAUUCUGCCGAAGGCUGCCUCCACCAGGUUGGUCACUGGAAUGUGGUGGUUCUUCGCUCUAAUGAUGCUGAAUUCCUACACGGCUAACCUGGCUGCCUUUCUGACCAAUUCUCGCCAGGCGAACUCCAUCAACAGCGCCGAGGAUCUGGCUGCUCAAAGUAAAAUUAAAUACGGUGCGAUGGCUGGUGGUUCCACAAUAGGGUUCUUUCGCGACUCGAACUUUAGCACUUACCAGAAGAUGUGGACCGCCAUGGAAAGCGCCAGUCCUUCAGUUUUCACAAAAACCAACGACGAGGGCGUCGAGAGGGUGCAAAAGGGCAAGAAUCUCUACGCCUUUUUGAUGGAGUCCACCACCUUGGAGUAUAAUGUGGAGCGGAAGUGCGACCUGGUGCAGAUCGGUGGCUGGCUAGACUACAAAAGCUAUGGCAUUGCCAUGCCCUUCAAUUCCCCGUAUCGCAAACAGAUCAGCGCGGCAGUGCUAAAGUUGGGCGAGCUUGGACAGCUGGCGGAACUAAAGCGAAAGUGGUGGAAGGAGAUGCACGGCGGCGGGAACUGCGAGAAGAGCGACGACGAUGGAGGAGACACGCCCGAGCUUGGACUGGAAAACGUGGGUGGAGUCUUCCUGGUGCUGGGUCUCGGUUUGUUUGCAGCCAUGGUUCUGGGAUGUACGGAGUUUCUUUGGAACGUCAAAUCGGUAGCAAUUGAAGAAAAGAUCUCGCUGAAGGACGCUUUUAAAUCAGAGGCCUUGUUUGCGGCUAGAAUAUGGAUAACCACUAAACCUGUACAUACAAGUUCUGGGUCUGGCAGCUCAUCAUCGUCCAGUUCCACGUCAAGUCGCUCCAAGCAUUCUUUCAAGUCGCAGGGAUUGUCAAUGAAAAGUCUUAAAAGCUCAGGGGACCAGGACGUAGAAGCUUCAGUCCACAGCAAGCUGAAGAAAAUCGGAUCCAUGUUCUCACUAAAGUCACAGAAGACGGUCACUCCACCUCCAGAGAUAGGCUGGAAAUCAGACAAGUCAACGCAAAUCGAUGAGGUUCUAACUACUCAAGACGAUCUUGAAUUGAUGCCGGAGAUAGAAGCACAUCCCCCACAACGGCACCAUCAUCACCAUCAUGCUCGCCAUCAUCAUCACCAUCAUCAACCCGAUCACGCGCAUGAUAGGAAUUCUUUGUCUCAAGAGUAAUCAGUUCUUGAAACUAUUUAACGGUAAAUUAAG